AAGAUCAUCAGGGGCUUCUGUCACCUUUAUGAUGGACAGGAAGCGUGUGCGGUUGGUAUUGAGGCAGGUAUCAAUCUAUCAGAUCAUCUAAUCACAGCCUAUCGUGCCCAUGGGUAUACUCUCACUAGAAGGGGCACCGUUCGUGAGAUCAUGGCAGAGCUCACUGGUCGUAGAGGAGGCAUUGCUAAAGGAAAGGGUGGGUCUAUGCACAUGUACACUAAACAUUUUUAUGGAGGAAAUGGAAUUGUGGGAGCUCAGGUGCCUCUUGGGGCAGGUGUAGCUUUGGCCUGCAAAUACCUGGGCAAGAACGAGCUGUGUGUCUGUCUCUAUGGUGAUGGUGCUGCAAAUCAGGGUCAGAUCUUUGAAACAUAUAAUAUGGCAUCUCUGUGGAAGCUGCCCUGCAUCUUCAUUUGCGAGAAUAACAAAUAUGGCAUGGGUACUUCUGUGGAGAGAGCGGCGGCUAGUACUGACUACUACAAGAGAGGCGAUUUCAUCCCUGGAUUGAGAGUGGAUGGCAUGGACGUCCUUUGUGUAAGGGAGGCCACCAAAUUUGCUGCUGAACACUGCAGAUCAGGAAAGGUGAGCUCUGGUUAGAGUGAUGUGAAAUUGUAGGGAUGUAGGGAUAAUUGUUACUAAUGAUGCUCCGAUUGAUCGCUACCGAUCACUAUC